AGUGGGGAUGAGCAGCGACUAAUGGCUGACUGGGAGCUCUGGAUUAAAUAACGUUUGUCCCGCCCUGUUUCUGAUGUGGGUGUGUGUGUUGGUGAACCGGUGCUGAAGCUUCACUUGGCAGACGGAGCGUACAACGGGCCGGGCCGCGUGGGCUGGCAGCCGCUCUCCAACAUGUCCAAGAGCAAGAGCUCCGAGUCGGUCAAGGUGGUCGUCCGCUGCCGCCCCAUGAACGAGAAAGAACGAGCAGCCAAGUUUGAACGGAUGGUCUCUGUCGACGUCAAACUGGGCCAAAUUCUAGUGAGGAACCCCAGAGAGGCUUCGGCCAACGAACUCCCCAAAGUCUUCACCUUCGAUUCGGUCUACGACUGGAACUCCAAACAGUUGGAUCUGUACGAUGAGACCUUCAGGCCCCUGGUGGACUCGGUUCUACUUGGGUUCAACGGGACCAUUUUUGCCUACGGGCAGACUGGUACAGGGAAGACCUACACUAUGGAGGGGGUGAGGAACGAUCCGGAGAGGAGAGGAGUCAUCCCCAACUCCUUUGAACACAUCUUCACUCACAUCUCACGCUCCCAGAACCAGCAGUACCUGGUGAGAGCUUCAUAUCUAGAGAUCUACCAGGAGGAGAUCAAAGACUUGCUCUCCAAGGACCAGUCGCGGCGUCUGGAGCUCAAAGAGAGGCCGGACACGGGCGUCUACGUUAAAGACCUUUCAUCCUUCGUCACCAAGAGCGUCCGGGAGAUCGAACACGUCAUGAAUGUGGGCAACCAGAACCGCUCGGUGGGCGCCACCAACAUGAACGAGCACAGCUCCCGCUCCCACGCCAUCUUCGUCAUCACCGUCGAGUGUAGCGAGUUGGGCGUCGACGGGGAGAAUCACAUCAGAGUCGGGAAACUAAACCUGGUGGAUUUAGCCGGGAGUGAACGUCAGACCAAGACUGGAGCUCAGGGAGAACGACUCAAAGAAGCCACGAAGAUCAAUCUGUCACUUUCAGCUCUGGGGAACGUGAUAUCGGCGCUGGUGGACGGGCGCAGCAGCCACAUCCCCUACCGGGACUCUAAGCUCACCCGCCUGCUGCAGGACUCUCUGGGGGGGAACGCUCGCACCGUCAUGGUGGCCAACAUCGGCCCGGCGUCCUACAACGUGGAGGAGACGCUGACCACGCUACGCUACUCCAACAGGGCCAAGAACAUCAAGAACAAACCUCGGAUCAACGAGGACCCCAAGGACGCCCUGCUCAGGGAGUUCCAGGAGGAGAUCGCCAGGCUGAAGGAGCAGCUGGAGAAACGCUCGGGAAAGAAGAAGAGGAGGAAGCAGAGGAGGAGAGGCGGGGAGGGGAGCGACGGAGAGGAGCUGGAGGAAGGAGAGACGGAAGACGACGAUGACGAAGGAGACGAUAAAGGAGAUUACUGGCACGAGCAGCAGGAGAAGCUGGAGAGAGAGAGGAAGGCCAUCAUGGAGGACCACAGUCUGGUGGCCGAGGAGAAAGUUCGGCUGCUUCAGGAGAAAGAGAAGAAGAUGGAAGAUCUGAAGAGGGAGAGGGAGGCCGGAGAGAUGCUGGCCGCCAAAGUCAAGGCGAUGGAGAGUAAACUGCUGGUUGGAGGGAAGAACAUCGUGGAUCACACCAACGAGCAGCAGAGGAUGCUGGAGCUGAAGAGGCAGGAGAUCGCUGAACAGAAACGCAGAGAGCGAGAGAUGCAGCAGCAGAUGGAGUCCCGUGAUGAGGAGACUCUGGAGCUGAAGGAGACCUACAGCUCUCUGCAGCAGGAGGUCGACAUCAAGACCAAGAAGCUGAAAAAGCUGUUUGCCAAGCUGCAGGCGGUGAAGGCAGAAAUCCACGACAUCCAGGAGGCUCACAUCAACGAGCGCCAGGAGCUGGAGCAGACCCAGAACGAGCUCACCAGGGACCUCAAGCUCAAACAUCUGAUCAUCGAGAACUUCAUUCCCUUAGAGGAAAAGAACAAAAUCGCCCACAGAGCUUACUUUGAUGAGGAGGAUGAAUACUGGAAGAUGAAGCCCAUCACACGAAUGGAGGACGAGCACCAGAUGAUGACCAGACCUCUGUCUGCUGUCGGCUACAGGAGGCCUCUCAGCCACCACGCUCGCGUGGCCAUGAUGAUGAGGACCGACAUGAGAUACAAAGCUGAAAACAUCAUCAUGCUGGACAUGGACCUGCCUGCGCGGACUACUAAAGAGUAUCAGGAGCCAGUUAUCGCCCCAAAGGUGGCGGCAGCUCUGGAGAACGCUCUCAGGGACGAGGACGAGAUCCAGGUCGACGCCUCAGGCUUCCACAGCAGCCUGGGAUCAACCCCACCCACCAGUGGGAGCCUCAAGAAACCAAAGUCUGGUCGACCAAGAACAGGCAAGAAGUCGAGCACCCCGACCUCUCCGUUCAGCCCCUCCAGCCCAGGAUCCCCCCUCUACCCUCAGUCCAGAGGCCUGGUGCCCAAGUGACCCAACACCAUCACAAACACCAUCACCAACAACACCAACACU